UUGACCGGGAAAUCAAAGAUGCCGACGCUUCAAAGCUGCGGACAUACAUAAUUCGAAUGCGGCUUCCCGAGAACGCUACCUUCGCCAGCACCCAAGCCUUGGAGAAUUGGUACCGGUCGCUGCUGCCGCCGAUCGCUGCGAACUCCAGUGUGGCACGCUUUGUCUACGCAUACAGCGACGCCAUCACUGGGUUUGCUGCCAGGCUAACAGAAGAGGAACUCGGGUACAUAGAGCAGAAGGAAGGGUUCCUGGCGUCGUAUCAGGACGUCAAGUUGCCUCUCCUGACGACCCACACCCCUGAGCUACUCGGCCUGCAACCCGGCCAAGGCCUCUGGAGCAACUCCAACAUGGGCAAGGGUGUUAUCAUCGGGGUGUUGGAUACCGGGUUAGCGAUCGGGCAUCCAUCAUUCGGCGACGAUGGAAUGGAACCCCCACCAUCGAGAUGGAAGGGGAAUUGUCCCCACAAUGGGAUCGGAUGCAACAACAAGGUGAUUGGAGUAAGAAUAUUCACAAGCAGCGGCGGUGGCUCGGCACCUGAAGGCGCUGCAGAUGACGAAGUAGGGCACGGAACCCACACUUCGAGCACAGCGGUGGGGAACUUCGUGAAAAACGCCAACGUGCUCGGAAGUGGCAACGGCACCGCCGCUGGCGUGGCGCCGCGUGCUCACUUAUCCAUCUACAAGGUCUGCAGCUCCGACGGCUGCAUAACGUCCGAUGUCCUCGCCGGGAUGGAUGCAGCGAUCAAGGAUGGGGUGGACGUGCUGUCUCUGUCACUCGGAGGAGGGCCCCGUGCUCUGUACGCUGACGUUAUCGCGAUUGGGGCGUUUAGUGCGAUCGAGAAAGGGAUCUUCGUCAGCUGUGCUGGGGGUAACUCCGGCCCGUCACCUUCAACGCUCUCCAAUGAGGCUCCAUGGAUCCUAACGGUUGGCGCCACCACCAUUGAUCGGAACAUAAGGGCGACCGUCAAGCUCGGGAACGGUCUCGAGUUCGAUGGUGAAACAGCCUUUCAACCGGCCAACUUCUCGUCCACCAUGCUGCCUCUGGUGAUGCCAAGUAGUUCACAAGAAUAUCGCAAUUGCCUGGUUGGUGUGGUCAUGCCCGAGGUGAAGGGGAAGAUGGUGGUGUGUCAGCGUGCGCUCGGUUCUCGGAUCCAACUUGGCGAGACAGUGAAGACCAAUGGCGGCGCGGCCAUGUUGAUCAUCAACGGAGAACUUGAUGGCUACACCACAUUGGCCGAAGCCCAUGUCCUCCCGGCAUCGCAUCUUAAUUACGUCAACGGAUCGAGCAUCGAGAAGUACGUAAACACGUCCAAGGAGCCGGUGGCCUCCAUCACUUUCAAGGGCACAAUACUGGGGGUUUCUCCAUCUCCUACAAUAAGUUUCUUCUCAUCUCGAGGGCCUAACUCUAUAAGCCCCGGCAUUCUGAAGCCCGAUGUGGUCGGACCAGGCGUCAACAUUCUCGCGGCAUGGCCCUUCGAGGUAGGCCCUUCCCCGAAUAACUCGGCCACCGUGUUCUUCAACAUGAUUUCCGGGACUUCCAUGUCGACACCUCAUCUUAGCGGGACUGCGGCUCUUAUAAAGUCCGUACAUCCUGACUGGUCGCCGGCGGCGAUCAAAUCGGCAAUCAUGACGACUUCGGAUAUCGUGGCCAACGACGGGAAGCCGAUAACCGAUGAGCUGCACCAACCUGCGACAUUCUUCGCGACGGGAACCGGACAUGUCAACCCAACAAAAGCGGCUGACCCCGGCCUUCUUUAUGACCUCAACGCCGACGAUUACAUCGGCUACCUCUGUGGGUUGGGUUACUCGGAUGCGCAAGUGGAGAUCGUCACCCACCGCAGAGUCACCUGCGACACCGUCAAGAAGAUCAAGGACGUGGAGCUGAACUACCCGGCGAUAGUGAUAACGGCAGCUGCGAGCUUCGAUAACAUAACGGUGAAUCGGACGGUGACAUGUUUUUGCUCAGGGAAGACCGUAUUCAAGCUCAAGGUGGAUAAGCUCAGUGGAGUAUCAGCGAAGGUCUCACCAGAGACGCUGGAGUUCUCACAUGAGAAUGAGAAGAAAACCUACAGUGUGAGUUUGAGCUGGCAAAGCAGCAAUGUGAAUGAUGCAGAAGGAAACUUGUGGUGGGUUUCCGAUAUGCAUUCUGUGAGGAUUCCGAUCGUCGUAAGAGCAUGACUGUAACUCUGCAAGAAUCCUAAUAAACAUAUA